AAAUGCCCACCCAAAAUUACGCCGACUUGCACCGGCUGAUGUUACGCCUACCUCAGUCAUCAAAACAUGACACCUGAAACGUCAACAUUUCGAUUCGGAUUUUCCUUUCGUCGUAUCGUGUAAUCUUCUCUCCCAAUCAGAACCGAAAGAAAGUGUGAGCCUUGAUAUUUGGCUUGAUGGGAUAAAUUCACGCGAAAAACUUUGUUUUCCCCCGAAAAAGCAACCGAAAGAUAGCAGCUGACAUCACCCUAAGUCGAGGCAAACAAGAAUCGCAAAAUUUGCUGUGGAAAAUCGGUUACAUAACUCCAAAUGGGAAGCGGCAAAUCGAAGGAACCUGCUUCUGCUGGUGGUCGAAAGGGGGAGGUAGAUUUUACCCGGUUCAAAGCCCGUGUCGAUCGGGUUCACAUCAGUGGCCUCAGUAGGACCCACGAUGACUACAUCCAGCGAGCGAUUCGAAGCCUCUUCACGGCAGCCAAUUUCCAGGACGUUAUCGUCGAAACGACCAACGUCAAGGAUAAUCUUAUGCAGUUAGGUAUUUUUAAAAAUUUGAAAAUUCACAUCGAUACCAGCAAAGGGGAAGGCGCAACCAAGAAUGGCUAUGAGGUGACUUUCCAGGGGGAUGAACUUUCGCGUAUUACCGGAAGUAUCGGCACCGAGCUGGGACAAAACGAUGGUGCUGCAACUGCAGAACUAACGUCACCAAACAUUUUCGGACGAGGUGAAAGGCUUAGUUUAAACUACAGCUACAGUUAUGUUCGGAGCAGUGUACUUAAUUUAAGGUUUACGAAACCAUACUAUCAUACCACUGUCGGAGACUACAGUCCAGAGACAUCGAUUGCGGUAUUCAAACACUCUUCACCUGCCCCGUGGUCCAAGUUCCGUACCGAUGAAACGGGAGUCCUCUUGGAUUUCUCAUUUGCACUGCCCUUCGGCCUGAGCAACAGUCUACAGUACGAGGUGGGAAUGAAGGAAAUCUUCGCUCUGGACAAGCAGACUCCGUUCUUUGUGCGGGAAAACUGCGGCCCAAAGCUGGCGGCCAUCAUACGAUACAUCGGAGUCUUCGAAGGCCGCGAUAGCAAUGUGUUUCCCACGAAUGGAAUAUUUGUAAAAACUACGAACGAACUGAUGGGAAGUUCACUGUCGCAGUUCGGAACGGUGAAAAGCGACGUGCACUGUGAAAUCAAUAUGCCAUUGUUUGCUGGAAUUUCGUUACAACUGUGUGGUCGUUUCGGGAUGCUGUUGAACGACAAACGAAAGGAAACCAUCCCCAUCAACCAGCUGUUCUUCCCGGGCGGGCCGCAGACCUUGCGAGGGUUUGAGAUUGCCGGUGCCUGUCCCUAUCGGGAUGGUGUCGCUGCAGGGUGUCAGUCUUACUGGGCGUCAGGAAUCCACGUGUGGAGUCCCUUGCCCUUCAGUAGGUAUUUCGGUGGUUUUGGAGAUCUUUUCAGGACGCAUUUAUUCUACAAUUUUGGAACAUGCAAUACAUUUACAACAGACAAGCUUCGUAGCACGGCCGGUGCGGGUCUUGCAUUUAGGAUAGGCCAAAAGGCACGUAUCGAGUUCAACUACUGCCAACCGCUCUCGUUCGAAGCCGGAGAUCGCGUGAAAAAAGGAUUCCAGUUCGGAAUAGGAUACGAAUUCAUCUAAAGACGGAACACCAUCUAGUUCUGAUAGAUACGCACCAACCUACCUACACUCGAAGAGCCUUGCUACAGUUACCUCCUUACUAACUUCGGACGCUGGCUUAAGGAAAAUGUCGCCCUCAGAAGUCAUUGGGAUGGUUCGUAUUACGCAUUAAUAAUCUGUUACAACGCUAUUUUUUCGCAGAAUCGGACAUCAGUCAUUUGUUAUUAAGAGAACGACUACUGUUAAGUUCAUUAAAACCAAAUCGGUAGUUCUAGCCUAGUUUAGCAAAUUUUAAACUGUGGCUUAGUAAACCUA